AUGGCCUCACUACCGUCACGACUGCGGAUUGUAUGCCUACAGAGCCCAGCUGAACUGCAGGCAGCAACAUGCAUUCGUGCAUUGCAUUCCACGAGCGUCCAGCAGAGGGCUCGAUUUGGCCUCAAGGACACCGGUUCUGCUAGUCAACCUCCGGUCAGUGGGCGGAGAAAGCUAGUUGACUUGAAGGAACUCGAACCAAGGUCACGAACCGGUCGUCUCGAGGUCGCUCGCGAGCGCCAGCGACCCUCGGAACGUGAAGACGAACCCUCGACAUCGGGGCCUUUCUACAAGCCCAAGGAACAACUAGAUUAUAACUCCACUUCCACCUCCCCUGAAUUCGAGACUCCACCGUCUCUCGUUUCAACUGGAUCGUCCAUGGGCAUCACAAACUCAUUACGCGACUUGCCCAAGUCUUUUUCUUCACCGCCCCUCCUGCCAGGCUUGACAGAAUCUAUACACGACAUCCUAGGGGAAGGCGCAAAACCCACACCCAUCCAGGCACUCAGUCUGAAAUGGGUGCUUGACUACUGCAAAGACGAAGAACGAGCGUUCGAACACGGCCAGUGGCUUCUGGCCAGCGAGACGGGGUCAGGCAAGAGCUUUGCCUACUUGCUCCCUCUUCUUCAGGCCGUAAAGGAAGCAGAACUUCGCGGGGAACCCCUUAAUGUCGAUCCGGACCGACCACUCAACCCCCGCGCCAUCAUCCUAGCACCAACGCACGAACUCUCCCGUCAAAUCUCCUCGUUUGCCAAAUCCUUGCUGCACAAGGUCAAGCUGAGGGUCGUCUGCGCCAGCCAGAACAAUUCCGACCUCAAGUCGACAAGGAACGUUUCGUCAAGGGACAUGGCGGCUGACCUGGAUUCACGCAUCGAAUUCGACAGUGGGAAAGAAGGCCCGCAGUCCCACCCGGUGGAUAUCUUGGUUGGAACACCGAUGAAGAUCAUGGAUAUGGUUCGAGGACGAUGGUGGGAUCUUAAAGGUGGUGAGCUUGGCGGUACUGGGCGCGAGCUCGAUCGAGGGAAUGGUCCGCGGCGUAACAAGACAGUUGGAAAGCCUGAGCUUGGCCUCGCCAACGUGGAAUGGGUCAUCAUCGACGAAGCUGAUGUUCUCCUCGAUCCCGACUUCCAGGAAGUGACGCGGGCGCUGCUAGCUGAUAUCAGCGAGGCGCGUGGCCACCCUGUCCAGCUUGAUCCUUUCCCCUUCUCAGCGGCAUCCGUCGCCCUUCCCGCUAAAGCGGAAACCAGCCCGAAGCUCCCUGGUGUGAAGGCCAAGUCCAACCCCAACGCCAUCGAAUACCCUUUCAACCUUCUACUCACCUCUGCCACAAUUCCUUCCUCUAUGUCCCGCUACCUCGACCUCUACCACCCGCGCCUCCUCCGCCUUGCCAGCCCGCGGCUCCACAAACUCCCUGAGACGCUCAAGAUGGAGUACGUCAAGUGGACUGGUGGCAACCGAUUCGUCGAUGUCGAGAGGAGAGCGAGGGAGGUUUGGGCUGUGGAUGCGAUCGAGGCUGGAAGCCGGCGCGAUAUCAAGAACACCGAGAAGAAGCCCGAGCUCUCCAAGAUCCUCAUUUUCUGCAACAAGAGCUCCAAGGUGCAAGAACUCAGCGACUACCUCGAAGAGAAGGGCAUCAAGAACGUGGCUGUGACGAGCGGGAAGGAGGCGAAGAGGAGACGGAAUGACGAUAGCGGUGCGGGCGUUAGGACGCGUGGGAGCAACAAGUACCUUGAAGGGUUCUUGAGACCUAUUGGAUCAAGGAGACGCACACCCUCCGCGGAACAAUCGCCAUCGCCUUCAACGACGCCCUCGAACCCGUACAUGCUCUCCGACCCCUCGACCAACCCGCACGUCCUCAUCACCACCUCCCUCCUCUCCCGCGGCCUCGAUUUUGACCCAAGCAUCAAACACGUCUUCAUCGUCGAUGAACCGCGCAACAUGGUCGACUUCCUGCACCGCGCUGGGCGGAGCGGACGUAUGGGUGGAUUGGGUGGCAAGGUGGUCGUGUUUGGACGGAGCGGUGUCGUCGACCGCGACAGGAGAGGCGGUGGGAAGGGGAGCGGGUUUGAAGGCAAGGGCGCGCUGCUGGGCAAGAGUUUGGGAGGUGCGAUUGUGAGCAAGAAGGUUUUGAGCAGGUUUUCGAGUGAGAGGAAGUAG